AGCAGUGAAACAAAAUGGCGGCCACCGUGCGGUAAUACCGAACUAUCUCAAUCUGUCGUGUUUAUUCGUUCUUGUCGGGCGAAGAGGCGAAUGAUUUCUCCUUCUUUUACCGUCACUGCCCCGGGAAAGAUAAUCCUUCACGGAGAACAUGCAGUUGUCUAUGGAAAGAAAGCCGUUGCAGCAGCUAUCGAUUUGAGGACAACACUCAAAUUGGAAGCAACCAACGACGGUCAGUUUACGCUAAAGUUGCUAAACUUUGGGACAACGUGCAGGUGGAAAGGAGAAGAGCUACAACAAGAUGUGGAAAAACUUGGUAGAGAUGGAUCAUGUUGGCCACAGGAUGGAAGAAAGCUGUUCAAAAGGUCUUUUGACCUCUCUGAGGUCAAAGAAGUGGAUGAGAGAGUCAUUAAUGAUGCAAUAAGUGUGUUUAUUUACCUCAUUGGUCAGAUUGUUGAAGAAAUUGACAGGGUUCCUUCAUUCUCAGUGGUAGUGAACACGUCUUUACCAGUUGGAGCUGGUUUGGGAUCAUCAGCAUCAUACUGUGUUUGCCUUUCCACAGCUCUUCUGGCAGUAACAGGAAAGAUUUCACAACCCUCAAUGAUGAGAUCCAUUCCAGGUGAUGAGAGAGAGCUAUGCCAAAAUGAAAUGGCAUCUCUGUCUGUUAAAGACCUGGAGUUAAUUUGUAAGUGGAGUUUAGAGGCAGAAAAGCUUGUUCAUGGAAAGCCAUCUGGAAUUGACAACUCAGUUUGUACAUAUGGAGCAGUUCUUACUUUCCAAGAUGGAACAAUUGAGCACUUGUCAAGAAUUCCACAGCUCAGGGUCUUGAUAACAGACACAAAGAUACCCCGCAGCACAAAGAAGUUAGUGGCAGGCUUAAGGGACAGAUGUCAACAGCUUCCUUCUGUUUACAAUCCUUUGUUUGAUGCUGUUGGUGCUAUUGCAGAAGAGAGCUGUGUGUAUCUUGAGAAGCUGUAUCAAAUCCAAGCAGCUUCACCACCGGAAGAAGAAAACUCUCAAGAGCACUAUUGUAUGUUGAAGAAACUUAUUGACUUGAACCAACAGUUGCUUGUGACAUUAGGAGUUAGCCACAGUUCAUUGGACCAGGUGUGUCACGUGACCGCUAAACACGGUUUGCACUCCAAGUUGACUGGAGCGGGCGGCGGAGGAUGUACCUUUACACUUGUCACGCCAGGUACCAGAGAACUGUCCGUGUCUUCAGUCACUCGCGAACUGACCACUAUUGGUUUUGAUGUUUGGGAUACUUGUCUUGGCGCGCAGGGUGUUACCUUGUCGCGCAACCCACCCACCCAUCCCUCGCAAUAGAAUCAAGAUGUUGUCUCAGUCGAUCAGAAGUUCUGGCCCGAACUCAGGCGUGUCCUCGGCAAUUUUACCCAGGUCAGAGGCUUUAUGCAGGAGUAGUCACAUCCGGGUACCACAGCUUAUCGUGCAGCCCUCAGCCAGCC